CAUUGCUCUGGUUAGUAAGAACAUACAAUUCUCGUUUCGUUGAAGGCACUUUAAUUACUCGCAACCCUUCUAAAUAACGAUUACUAUUGCUGUGCUGACGUUGUGCUUCUAGAAUAAAUUGUAUCGACCCGUAACCAAUGACAACCCUGGGCAUAUUUUGUUUGACAAAACUGCAGCCUUCUUGGAAAGCAUGGAUUACAGGGAGGGAGAUUAAGUUCCUUUACCCAUGGACUGGAGUAUUGUUAUCCCAAGCAGCAAAAAAGAAGAUCUCUGCCUUUGAUCUGGUAGAACUGAACGAAAAAGACUUGGAAGAGCAGUUUGUUAGAGGUCAUGGUCCAGGUGGACAAGCAACAAAUAAAACCAGUAACUGUGUGGUCCUCAAGCAUAUUCCUUCUGGGAUUGUAGUCAAGUGCCACCAGACCAGAUCAGUGGAGAUCAACAGGAAAAGAGCACGAGAUAUACUGCAGGAGAAAGUUGAUAUUUUUUAUAAAGGAGAAAGUAGCGAUAUUAUCAAACAGCAGGAAGACGACGAAAGAAGGAAACAAGAAAAGAGGAAACAGGCCAGAGCAAAUUUGGAAAAGAAAAAGCAGCUCAAGGAACUACAGCUCUCGGAAAACAAAAGCUUGAAAUAGAAGUUGGGGUAAGGAGACCUGCUGUAGUCCAUGGAUCAGCACUAAGCAGACCUGUUUCUGGCAUUGCACCAACUGAGGAAUAUUUGGACUUGGAACUCCUGCUUCCCCCCCCCAUUACUAUAGGCUAUGAAAGGACAUUCUGUUCACGUACGAUCCUUGUCAAUGCUGUGUU